AUGUCACCAUCUCCUGCUCAACCGAAAGUGGCAUUUGUCGCCGGCGCCAAUGGUGUCAGCGGCAACGCCAUCAUCGAGUACCUCAUCCGAAGGUCGAAAGAAGAGUGGUCGAAGAUCGUGGUCAGCUCGAGGAGUCCCCUGAAGUCCUUCUGGCAGGAUCCGCGUGUGCACUUCAUCGCCCUAGACCUCAGCUCUUCGGUCGAGGAUGUAGUCAAGAAGCUGCAACCUCUCUGCACGGACGUCACGCACGCAUACUUCGUGUCUUAUGUCCAUUCGGAUGACUUUACUGCGUUGAAGGCUCUGAAUGUGCCGUUGUUCGAGAAUUUUCUGCACGGCAUCGAUACAGUGGCUGGUGACUCGCUGAAAAGCGUCUGUCUGCAGACCGGCGGAAAGGCAAGUCACUAUGGUGUUCACCUCGGACCGCCAGCCGAGGUACCUUUGCACGAAGGUAUACCGCGAUACGACGAUGAGGGCUACAAUUUCUACUACCCACAAGAGGAUCUACUCUUCAAGAUUCACGCGCAACGCAAAUGGACGUGGAACGUCAUCCGGCCCAUGGCUAUCAUUGGUUAUACCCCUAGCAAAAAUGGGAUGUCUGAAGCCCUUACACUUGCUCUAUAUAUCCUUGUCUGCAAAGAGCUAGGCGAGGUCCCGGAGUUUCCUGGCAACGAGUACUUCUACAACUCGGUCGAUGACAGCUCGUAUGCCCAAGGAGUGGCAGACAUGACCAUCUGGGCAACGACGCACCCGCAAACUCGAAAUCAGGCUUUCAACCACAUCAACGGUGACACCUUUGUCUGGAAAUACUUCUUCGCAAAUCUAUGCAAGCACUUUGGUGCCGAGGCUCCCAUCAUUACCGACUGGCCCAAGGGCGGUGACGGAAACUCCAAGAGCAAGGUUUUGUUAGAGACCUGGGCUCAAGACCCGAGGAAGAAAGAGGCUUGGGACCGAGUCUGUGACAAAUUUGGUGGCAACAAAGACACCUUUGCUUGGGGAAGCUGGGCCUUUUUGGAUUGGGUGUCACAGAAGACGUGGCCGACCUUGUCUUCUUGUGCCAAGGCACGAAGCUUCGGGUGGACGAGGGUGGACGACACGUUUUCCACUUGGAUUGAAACCUACCGCAUGUUCGAGAAUGCUGGUAUCCUGCCUCCCAAUCACGUCACAAAUCCGCCCAUUGCAGCGCCGGGGUCAGUGGAAUCUUGA